GUGCAAAAUGCAAGUGCAACUAGUAGAGAGAGAAAGAAGAAAGAGUUCAACAACUUGAUUUAUUCACACUUUGUUUGGAGUAACAUCAACGUUAAUACGUAACAUACAAACAAUGUCAAACAAAUAAAACAACAACAACAACAACAACAACGUGUGCUAGGACCAUUUUCCCAUUUUCUUUUGUUUUCCUCUUAAUACAAGUUCUUGUUUUUUCAUCCAUUGUUGAAUCCAAACUGCAUCUUUUCAACUUUGAGCAAAUGGGGCAGUUUCUUUAUAGGUACAACCGUUCUUGAGAGUUGAUAGCUUACAAGAUUGCCAAUGUUUGCUUCAAAUUUCUAUAUAGCGAGUUCACCGGUCAGUUACUAAAGUUAAGAUUUUUUUUUUUUGACCCAAACAUUAAUGUAUUCUUCUUCUACAAAGACGACAAAUGAUGCUGUGAUGCAACAAUCAAGACUCUAGAAAACGUUUUAUACGUAAGCAUGGAUCCUAGAAAUGAAUAUCAGCCUGGAUCACAGUCAAUAAUGCAUGACCACAUGGAUGGAAUUUAUAUGAGUAGAAGACCACAUGACCUCAAUACAUCGGAAGUUAAACCUGUACAGCAUUACUCGAUACAGACGGGUGAGGAAUUCUCUCUUGAGUUUAUGAGAGAUAGGGCAAAUAUCGGGAAGCCUGUAUUUUCGAAUGUCAGUGAUCCUAAUUAUACAACUGGUUAUAUGGAACUGAAAGGCAUUUUAGGAAUCAGUCAUGGAGGAUCUGAAACUGGAUCAGACAUGUCCAUGCUAUCAAUGAUGGAUAAAUAUCCUAAAGAGUUCGAUAGAAGCAACUACGGAUCGAUUCGAUCGAUACCAAGAACUUCGCUGCAUCAGGACAACAGACAAUUUGUGCAUGGAUAUGGCUCUGCCGAAAGUUAUGAUAACUCGUCAAUUAUGUUGAAGUUUCUUUGUAGCUUCGGCGGUAGAAUAUUGCCACGGCCAAGUGAUGGAAAGCUAAGGUAUGUUGGAGGCCAAACACGCAUUCUCCGUAUAAGAAAGGACAUAUCUUAUCACGAGCUCAUUCAAAAAGCGUUGAUGAUCUAUAACCAGGUUCAGACAGUUAAGUACCAGCUUCCCGGGGAAGAUCUCGAUGCCUUGGUAUCUGUAUCAUCUGAUGAGGAUAUACAGAACAUGAUGGAAGAAUGUAAUCAUCUAGAAGAUAGAGAAGGAUCACAAAAGCUUAGGAUGUUUUUGUUCUCAAUCAGUGAUUUGCAGGAUGCUCAGUUUGGUCUCACCUCCAUGGGCGAUGAUUCUGAAGUCCAGUAUGUUAUUGCUGUUAAUGGCAUGGACUUGGAGUCGAGAAAAAACUCAAAUAUGGUUGGUUUGAGCUUUUCUGCAAACGAUAUAAAUGAAUUGGAGGGGGAAAAUAUUGACAGACAGGGCAAUGGUCCCCAGACGAACAAUUUCGACUCAUCAUUGGCUACUCAUUUUUCACAACCAAUGCUACCAACUUCCUCGAAUUCAUACGGAAUGUAUCCAGUAUUUUAUGGCGAUCAAAUGAUACGCCACGGUGAACCUAACGCUCAUGGUCAAUAUUUUAUGAAUCAUGGUGUUGAUCCUUCUUAUAAACCUUUUAUUGAAGGGUCUCCUAUUAACAUGCUUCCUCAUAUGCCGAAUACUCAACAAGGGAUUUUUAAUGAAGGAUAUCCUCCUAAUGGAGUACAAGUGCAAAAUUCAGAAGUACCUGAAACUUUGGUGAGAAUGAUGGCUGACAGUUCAAUUCAACAAGAAACACUAUCGCUGUCUCCUUCUCAACUGUUUGACGGUUAUAUAAAAAAUGAUUUUCCAGAAGCAUCCGUCGUAGUUACUGCUCCAGAGGGGAAUUCAUUGCCUCCGACAAGAACAAACCAACUCUCAGAUAACGACGAGGCUUCUUCUACUUCCAGCAGUGCUUUUGUUGCGGGUCCUUAUGUUGAUUCUCGCAACAAUGCAGUUGACUUGAGUUGUCUUCACCCUCCUCCUCUUCCUAAAAGAGUUUAUUAUUCAGAAAGAAUUCCAAGGGAGCAAGUAGAGUCGCUGAAUCGAUCCACAAAGUCAGAUGAUGCGCACAAUAAUCAGUUUCAAGUUUCAGAUUUACUUUCUGGCGUCCAUUUGCAGGACUCAGCUAUAGACUCUGGUAACAACUUGCAUGAUGGAAAUCUGUCUAAUCUAGCCAAGGAAAUGAACAUCACGGCGAAGCCCUUACCUGCAGAUGGCGAAGGAACCAAAGAUAUCUUAAAUAAGGAGAAUGCUGUUGCUAUGCUGGGAACGGAUCGUAACGAUAACCAUAAAGAAUCGCCGCUUGAUGGUAAACCAGACAUCCCUGUGAAAGAAUCAAAUGGUGAUUUUAACAUGCAAGCACCACCUGUUCCUUUGAAUGCGAACACAACUGCGAAAGUUGAUCCGCAAGCGCAAGGUGACAUUCUUAUUGAUAUUAAUGAUCGAUUUCCACGCGAAUUGCUUAAUGAUAUGUUCUCCAAAGCAAUACUAGAAGAAGAAGAUUCCUCUAGUCAACAUCCAUUAGCUUCAGAUGGAAUGGGUUUAAGUAUAAACAUGGAAAAUCAUGAACCUAAAAGUUGGUCGUAUUUUCAAAAAUUGGCGCAAGAAGGGAACGAAAAUGCAUCUCUUAUUGACCAGGAUCGUCUUGGUUUUUCACCUGGUGUAGUUGGAGAUAAUAGAGAUCAACAUGUUGCACCUUUAACAACUGAUGAAGAUCCACUAAACCGUGCGGAAUUCCAUCUCAAUUUUGGCGAAGAAAUUCAGAAGGACUUGCAUGGAGAAAAUGAAGUAGAAACUACUGUUCUGAAAUCAAAUUAUGAUCAGUCUCAAAUUAAUGACACUGAAAGUAUGCAAUUUGGUGCUAUGAUAGAAAACCUAAGAGCAGAAGAGUCAGAAUAUGAGGUUGAAAAGUUUGAAAAGAACAAUAGCAGUCUACCUCCUCUUGAUCCUUCUUUAGGAGAAUUUGAUACGAGUACUUUGCAGGUCAUAAUGAAUGAAGAUCUUGAAGAGCUGAAGGAACUUGGUUCCGGUACCUUUGGAACUGUAUAUCAUGGAAAAUGGCGAGGAACAGACGUUGCAAUUAAGAGAAUAAAGAAGACUUGCUUCACUGGUCGAUCAUCUGAGCAAGAGAGACUGACUGUUGAGUUUUGGCGGGAAGCUGACAUUCUUUCAAAGCUUCAUCAUCCAAAUGUGGUGGCGUUUUAUGGUGUAGUUCAAAAUGGACCAGGAGGAACAAUGGCAACUGUUGCAGAGUAUAUGGUUGAUGGUUCUCUUAGGCAUGUCUUACUUCGCAAGGAUAGGUAUCUUGAUCGGCGGAAGAGGCUGAUAAUUGCAAUGGAUGCAGCUUUUGGAAUGGAAUAUUUGCACUCCAAAAAUAUUGUGCAUUUCGACUUAAAAUGUGACAAUUUACUUGUAAACUUAAAAGAUCCAUUACGGCCAAUAUGCAAGGUUGGUGAUUUUGGUUUGUCAAAAAUUAAACGAAAUACAUUAGUUUCUGGUGGGGUGCGAGGCACUCUACCUUGGAUGGCACCAGAGCUGCUGAAUGGUAGCAGCAGCAAGGUCUCCGAAAAGGUUGAUGUGUUCUCGUUUGGCAUAGUACUAUGGGAGAUUCUUACCGGUGAGGAGCCAUAUGCCAAUAUGCACUAUGGUGCAAUCAUAGGUGGAAUUGUCAACAACACACUAAGGCCAACAAUACCAAAUUAUUGUGAUAUUGAAUGGAGAACACUGAUGGAGCAAUGUUGGGCACCAAAUCCUGCAGUUAGGCCAUCCUUCACAGAAAUAGCAAGUCGACUACGCACUAUGACAACUGCAGCCGUCCCAACCAAAUCACCGGGUCACAAGGCAUCCAAAUGAUUGAAACAUAUACUGAUGGCAUGGAAGUAUUUGAUAUCAAGAGUCUCUGCAGUUUUUGUAUGACAGGAGUCCCUUGUAUUUUGUUGUUGUUGUGUCACUAUUUUGAUUAAAAUACAUGUCUGAUUGAAAAAUUGUUAUACACUAAUUUACAUUCAUAGAAGUUCAGAAUAAUUUUCUGUUUAAUCAUUCUAUAAAAUUCA